UUUAAAUUAUUAAUUAAUAUAGACAUAUUUUUUUAAUAUUUUUAAGAACAUGUAACGAAAUGUUUUUCGUUCCGUUCAGUGAAUUUUUAUUGUAAAUACACCAAAAUUUUGUGCACAUUCGACCGGCAAUGCCAAAAUCAAAAAAUCCGUUUAUCGAAGAAUCAAGUCCUACUUUGAAUCAAUCCAAGUAUUUUAAUUGUUUGACGAAAGUUGGGUUUUGGAUUUUAGUAUUUUUAGCGUUACUUUUAUUUCGCAAUUGGGAAUACUUAUACUUGAAUAAUGACACAGUCCUAGAAAAAAAAAAUUAUACAAUAUCAUAUAAAUAUGAUUCACAUUACAUUUCUAUAAAACCUUUAAAAAUUGGGAAUAAAAAAUAUUUUGUGUAUACCACACACUGUCAUAUGCCCUCCAUAAAUCCUUUUAGUGCGAAAAUAAAAAAAAUAUUUCAACCACUAAAAUAUAAAAACUGUACGAAUGAUGAACCACUUGUGAGUGUUUUAUAUGACACAAAUAAGGAAAAGUAUCUACUACACAUCGAAAUCGAAACCUUCUUAUCACAGUACAAAAACGCGAAUAACUCUGAGGCUGCAAAUCAGUUGAGCUGCUGCUAUCGUCAAAUAGUGCGUAUUGGUACAGGCGACAAUUCUUAUAAAUUAUUGCCAUGUGAAAAUUUUGCUCAAAACUUUGAGGUACCCGAGUAUAUUGAAUUCAUUAUAGUGGAAUGUAGUAAAAAUUCCACUAUCAUACAAAAGGAUGCAUUCUCAUUCAUUCAAUAUAAAAAUAAAACUAAGAGGACAACAUCCACAACCAGAAGAAAGCCAAGUGUAUUCCUGAUAGGAAUAGACAGUCUAUCACGCAUGAAUUUUCGCAGAACUAUGCCCCAGACACAUCAAUAUUUAGAAGAAAACGAUUGGUUUGAAAUGCAAGGAUACAAUAAGAUCGGUGACAAUACUUUUCCAAACCUGAUGGCGCUCUUAAACGGCAAUAAUGAAUCUGUGGUGUUUAGAGACUGUGAACCAGAAAGAUUAGGUGGACUUGACAAAUGUUAUUUCAUAUGGCAAGAUUAUCAAAAGCUUAGUUAUCGAACAGCAUAUGCUGAAGAUUAUGCAAUAAUAGGUACAUUUAACUACAUAUUAGCUGGUUUUAAAAAACAACCAACCGACUACUAUAUGCGUCCAAUGACAUUAGCAAUUGAAAAGAACUUAAAAGUACAAAAAAAGGCAAACUUAUAUUAUUGUGUAGGAAGAAAACAUUAUGCUACAUAUAUAUACGACUAUGCAUUACAAUUAGCAAAUCGUUAUAAGGAUGAACCAACAUUUGGAUUGUUUUGGACAAAUUCAUUUAGUCAUGAAAGAUACGAUACAUCCGCAACAAUGGAUGUCAAAAUGUUGAAAUAUUUCAAAACAUUCAAAUCAAAUGAUAUUUUAGAGAAUACUAUAGUUAUUUUCCUUAGCGAUCAUGGUAGCAGAUUUGGUGCGUUAGUGAAACUACCUGGUGGUUUUUUAGAGGAACGCUUACCCAUAUUUUACAUGUCAUUGCCAAAAUGGUUUAAGAAUCAAUAUCCGGAUUUUGUUAAAGCACUACAAAUCAAUCGUAAUCGUCUAACGUCCCCUUAUGACAUACAUAUGACACUGAAACAUAUACUAGAAUUAAGUGAACCGGGUCUGAGUCUACCAAUCGCAAAUGGUUGUGCAAAAUGUCAAAGUAUUUUUCGUGAAGUACCAGAAAAUCGUAGUUGUGCUGAUGCUGGCAUACCAGAACAUUGGUGCACUUGUACACAUUACGAAAAUCAAUCCAAAAAAGACAAAAUUGUAAAAUAUGUAACACAAAAAAUAAUAGAUCAAAUGAAUUCUUACUUAAAAGACAAGACAUUAAGUAAGGUAUGCAGCGAACUGAAAUUAAAAGAUAUUAAUACGGCACACUUGAAAGUGGAAGAAGAUGAUGGAAUACAGUAUAACCCAACUUAUAGAAUCCGUUUUGUUGUAUAUCCAAAAAAAGCUAAUUACGAAGCUACUGCGAUAUAUAAUCCUGUAAAGAGAAGUGUAGAAUUGAACGUCGAGGAUAUAAGCUGUCUCAGUUCUUAUGAAAACGUAUCACAAUGCAUUAAUGAUAAACAGGCGAAAAAAUACUGCAUAUGCAAGUGAAGAGAUCUGUUCAACUCAUCGAUCAAAUUUCAUUUUAGAUGUAUGAAAUAUAAAAAAAAUUUACUUUAAUAUAUAUAUUCUCGUUUCAGAGGUUUUAGUAAUGAUUGUUUCCCAAUUGAUCUUAUCAUUAGUUAAGACUGUCUUAAGGUAUUUAGCACACGCGUAUUAUAUUUUGUAAUUAAAUUU